UUGAAUAUCUGUAACUUUUAGGUCAGUCAACUUCACUGUAAUGAAAUUGUCGUACUCUGAAGUUGCAUUUUGUUCAUCUUUCAAUUAUUUUAUGAAGUUUUUUUGUGUGGAUUGUCAAAUUAAAGCACAGCGGUGUGGUUUUUAUUUCUCUUUAACAUUUUUAAGUAUAUUGUAAUAAUUUUAUUAAAAAGUAACCGUUGAAGAAAUAAUUAAAAAUGUCUAUGCAACCGCACAGUAAGAAAAGAGUGUGUUACUAUUAUGACAGCGAUAUUGGAAACUACUAUUACGGACAAGGGCAUCCAAUGAAACCUCACCGCAUACGUAUGACCCACAAUUUACUCCUCAACUAUGGACUCUAUCGAAAAAUGGAGAUUUAUAGGCCUCACAAAGCCACAGCUGAUGAAAUGACAAAAUUCCAUUCAGAUGAUUACAUUAGAUUCCUGCGUUCUAUUCGACCUGACAAUGUUUCUGAGUACAACAAACAAAUGCAGAGAUUUAAUGUAGGUGAAGAUUGUCCUGUUUUUGAUGGCCUGUAUGAAUUUUGUCAGUUGUCUGCUGGGGGUUCAGUUGCAGCAGCUGUAAAACUGAAUAAGCAGGCCUCAGAAAUAUGCAUAAACUGGGGUGGUGGCCUCCAUCAUGCAAAGAAGUCUGAAGCGUCAGGUUUCUGUUAUGUUAAUGACAUUGUUCUUGGCAUAUUGGAGUUGCUGAAAUACCAUCAAAGAGUACUAUAUAUUGACAUAGAUGUGCAUCAUGGUGAUGGUGUUGAAGAAGCUUUCUACACCACGGACAGAGUAAUGACCGUUUCCUUUCAUAAAUAUGGAGAAUAUUUUCCUGGAACAGGUGAUUUGCGGGACAUUGGUGCUGGUAAAGGCAAAUACUAUGCUGUAAAUAUACCCCUUCGUGAUGGAAUGGAUGAUGAGUCAUAUGAGUCUAUCUUUGUUCCCAUUAUAUCUAAAGUUAUGGAGACAUUCCAACCAAGUGCUGUAGUACUACAGUGUGGUGCUGAUUCUCUGACAGGUGACAGAUUGGGUUGUUUCAACUUGACUGUUCGAGGUCAUGGACGCUGUGUAGAACUUGUCAAGAGGUUUGGACUUCCAUUCUUACUAGUCGGCGGAGGCGGAUAUACCAUACGUAAUGUAUCUCGCUGUUGGACUUACGAGACAUCUGUUGCACUUGGUGUGGAAAUAGCCAAUGAACUACCAUAUAAUGACUACUUUGAGUACUUUGGGCCCGAUUUCAAACUACACAUAUCACCAAGUAACAUGUCCAAUCAAAACACACCCGAAUAUCUGGAAAAGAUAAAAAAUAGACUGUUCGAGAAUCUCAGAAUGCUCCCACAUGCGCCAGGAGUACAAGUGCAAGCCAUACCUGAAGAUGCUGUCAAUGAUGAGUCAGAUGAUGAAGAUAAAAUAGACAAAGAUGAGAGAUUACCACAGAGUGAUAAGGACAAGCGCAUCGCUAACGACGGCGAGCUGUCGGACUCCGAGGACGAGGGCGACGGGCGACGCGACAACCGAGCCUACCGCGCGCCGCAGCGCAAGCGUCCGCGACUCGACAAGGAACCCUUGCAGAUCAAGGACGAUCUUAAACCUGAUGACAUGAAGGAUGACGUUAAAAACGUUAGCAACGCGGAAGAAUCAAAGAAGGACAUGCCACCGAAUCCCUGAUGAGUGCAAGAUUCUAAACGUUAUCGUCCAUAGUACAGUGCAUUGGCACUUUGGGAAUAAUUACAAACUGAAACUGGACAUUCUCAUGUUCUGUUUGAGCACAAUAUCGUGAUUUAACGUGGACCUAAGAGACGACUAGAGAUAAUAGUUUAGUCCUAAAUUUUUUUAAGAUUCUCUGUUUUCAAUGAUGACCGUUUAUCAUUCGUGAUUAUUUUUUUCACUUUUAUCUAUUAUACGACUGGUUUGAAUUGUAUAUUGUUUUAAAGGUAAAAUCGAAUGUUUAGAUGAAACGUGUUGCCGUCACAGAGACGCUUCAGUUUAUUUAAACAUUCCUAAAGCUCCAAAAUCUUAUUGCUUUUGUUGAUAAAUGGAUGUGUACUGAUAAUGUUGAAGAAGUCAAUAAGAUCUCAUAAUGCGUCUGCUAUGAUAACUCUGAAUGUAUAUUCGUGUGGGAAUCGAACCCACGACCCUCGGCUCGACUGUUAGGUUUGACACAUCUGCUGUAAUCCGUUUAAUUUACAUUUCAUUUUCUUGCGAUUAUGAUAAAUCAAAUAUUCAGAGUUUAAUUUAAUCAGCCAUAAAAAAACCAGUAUUUGUUUUGCCUAUGGAUUUAGUAAAAAAUACUCUGUUAAUUAAUUAGAAAGCUUGUCCUCAACAACUACACUCGCGAGCAAAAGUUUGGAAUCACUUACUUGAAAUUGGUUCCGUGCGAUCUUGUGUACUAAAUAUUUUUUUGAUAAUCACAAAAAUGAGAUCAUUUUAAAGAUUCAACUGUUAACUUUAAACUGAUACCAAAUUCAUUAAAAUCAAUUCAGUAUUUAAGAAGCUAUCCCGGAUUAAGUGAAGGAGGUAGGAAAACAAGGAAAUAUGGAAAAAUAAUGAGUGAAUGAAACAACAAAAAAUAAUAAACAAAAUUUUUAUUUAGUCUUAAAAUUAAUUUUCAGUACUUUGUGUACCCUCCCCUCGCCCUAAUAACUGCUCGAAGACGAUUCUUCAUAGACCUGAUCAGCUUUUGAAUUGAUUUUUGUGGGAUACUUUCCCACUCCUCAAUCAACGCCGAUUUCAGCUCAUUCAGACAUGAAGGAGCAGAAGUUCUGGAACGAACCUUUCUCUUCAGUUCGUCCCACACGUGCUCAAUAGGAAUCAAGUCAGGGCUGAGCGCAGGCCAGUCCAAUGUGGCGAUACAGACUUUUUCAAGGUAUUCAGUCGUUACACAGGCAGUGUGACAACGAGCGUUAUCGUGCAUAAGGAGAAAGUCAUCGCUGGUAUAUCCCGCAUAGGUAACGACAUGUUCCAGCAGAAUAUCGGAAAUGUACCGGUCCGAAGUUAGACCGCCUGCUCAUCCCCCACCAAGCACGAAAACAAGCUCGGUUUUAUCGUCGAAAGAAAUGCCGGCCCACAUCAUACAAUAGCCGCCCCUAAAACCACUGUUUCAGCGAAACAGCACUGCGUAAAUCGCUCCCCAGGCCGCCUGUAGACCCAACCUCUUCGGUCGCUACCCUGCAAACACAUCCUACUCUCGUCGGAGAGCAGGACUUGUCUCCAUUGCUCAACCUCCCAAUCAAGAAGGGUGCGAGCAAAUUGAAGGCGUGCUUGUCGGUGAGCUGCCGUGAGUUUCGGGCCUGUGACAGGCCUUUUUGGAGUCAGAUUCGCUUGCUUGAGUCGUCGACGAACAAUCCACUCGCUGGCUGCUACCCCACGAACAUCUCGGAGCUCCUGUUGGACGUCGACACCAGGUAAAUGUCGAUUUCGGAGAGAGAUUGACACGAUAAAACGGUCAUUCCUCUCCGAUGUGCACCAGCGCCGUCCAGAUCUUGGUCCCGGGAUAAAGCUACAAGUAUGCCGAAAGCGCUAGCAAGCUUUUGAAACACUGGACUUGCUUAUGUGGAGCCGACGAGCGACAACCCGCUGGCUGAGCACUUCUUGCAAUAGGGCUACGAUUUGUGCUGCUUCUGUAGGUGUUGUCUCCAUUGUCGUACAAGAUAAAGGGUUAAAAGUACCGGAGGUGUGUAACGGGCAACGUGUGAAAGUCGACUGAUAAAGAAAAUCCGAUAACAGGUGCUUUUAUAGAGGGUAAUAAGUUGCAACUUGCGACGUAUCAAUCAAUUGAAACACGUCUUUUUCGUUAUUCCUUCACUUAAUCCGGGAUAGCUUCUUAAAUACUGAAUUGAUUUUAAUGAAUUUGGUAUCAGUUUAAAGUUAACAGUUGAAUCUUUAAAAUUAUCUCAUUUUUGUGAUUAUCAAAAAAAGAUUUAGUACACAAGAUCGCGCGGAACCAAUUUCAAGUAAGUGAUUCCAAACUUUUGCACGCGAGUGUAUUUCGAUAAUUUUCAUAGAUGUGUUUGAUAUAACGUUUAACUCUCUUUAUAUGCAACAUUGAGUUAUCAUAGUACAAUCAAAGAACUUAGUUUCAUAAGAUUUUAUAAAUAUAUAAGGUUAAUUAUACUCAUGGGACGAAGAAAAGGUAGUGGAUUUUAUAUUUAUGCCUAUUAAUUACACGUUCGUUGCUGGCUCUUUGGCAAAAGGGCGUGAUCCCAUAUCGCUUACUUAAUCAAAUGUUUGAUGUAUACACAAACUGCACAAACCUUUGAUUAAAUGUUGGUCAACUUUAUUCGGGCAGAGCAUACAGAGAACUGAGCCUAGAAAAGUGCCAGCACAAGAUAAUAAAAAAAAUGAAAUCGCACAGAAUAUUACUGGGGAUGUAUUAUUAUGAUUUAUUAGUCGUACACUAGCACCUGGUUUCCAUUUUUAAUUGUAAUGCAUAGGUUAUAUUAAUGCUGUACUGGAUUGAUAACAAAUUGUUUAUUAAAAUACACGAUAUCUACAAAGACUCCAUUGAAUUCAGCAUUUAUAGUAAUAAAAAUUUAAUAAAACAAACAUACCUGUGACGUCACCGCAUCCUUACCCAGCACAUCUAUAAACCCUUACCGACCGGCUUUUUUCUGAAUCCGGGUUUCGGGCCUUAGUUAUCGUGAUUGUAUGUUAACUUCUCUAGUUGAGUACCUAUAUACUUAAUACAUAAUAUAUUAGAUAAAAGUAAUGGAACACUUGUUAAUUUUAUAUUUUCUAAGAUUGAUUUGAAUCUAGGAAUACAGAAAAUGAACCUAAAGUCAGUCAGAUACUGCUCAUAUUUUGAGUUAUUUUUGUAUGUAUUAUUUGAAUUAUUAUUAAAAUAUGAGCUGAUGAUAGUAUUGAAAGAGGUGUCGUCACAGGACAGCCAAGUCAAUUAAGUUUUCGUACAAAAACUAUUAUCAUUUAAUAAAAUGUAUGUCAUUUUAAUUAGACUGUUUCUUUUUAUUUUUAUUAUUUAACCUUUUGCGAUCCUUAAACUAUAUGUUGAAUACGUAUAGACUCUGGACCUCAUAGGGUUAAACUGGUUUCUCAAAACCAGAACUAGGAUAUUAAAUAUAGAUAUCGUGUUGUAUUUUAAUUAAAAUACUAUAGAAAGUAAGAAUCUUCUGUGUAUCUAUAUCCGUAGUUAAUUUAUAUGAGGCAUUAUUUUUUGCACUUUGUAAAUGUACUCUUUUGAUACAAUCACAAAGUGUUAAGAUCGCAUUUAAAUCAUUGAUUUCAUCCAUGGACGGUAGGUGUUUAUACUUUUAUUACAGGGCAGAUCUUUCUUUCACAGAUGGAUAGAUGAUGGUUAGUCCGUAUAGUUUUUUCCCAAGAACAAAAUUUCUUGAAGCUAUCCAAAAUGUUUCGAACAAAUUGCAUAGCCUUAGAUCAAUUUUGUUUAAUAAGAUCAAUAAAUAGCUCGACAACUAUAAAAUGCGAUAUGCAAUAGAAAUACUAUUAAAGAAAUGUUCUUAUCAAAACAGCAUCGAAGUUACUUAGUUUUUUAAUGACGUAGCAGUCAUCUAAAAUAAUAAUUUUUUUACCAUUUUCUUAGAUGGAGAUACUACUUCACGGCUCAACUGGUUGUAAGUGGUUACCGGAGGCGAUAGACAUCAAAAAAAUAAAUCCCUACCUACACCCAUCUUGAGACUUGAGUCUUAGUCUUAUGUGUUUUGCAGUACAAAGUCUGCCCACCAUCCUUCAAACUGAAACGCAUUACUGCUUUCCGGCAGGAAUAGGCAGGGUGGUGCUACCUACUCGUGCGAACUCAAGACGUCUUACCACCAGUAAUACUUCAAGUAGUACUACUUCUCUCAUAGUAUUUUAUUGGUGACGUCAUUACAUCAUUAAAUUUGCAUCCUUCAUUUGUUUCACUACUAUUCCACAAGUUUCAAACGUAUUUGAAUAGAUUAUAAAUGAAUUAUCAUUUUCAUUUGGUGAAAUAAAUUUGUAACAGAUUGUAAACUUCAUUGGGCAGAGAAGUUUAUUAAAUAAGAUUACGUCGUAAAUUAGUUUGUAAACAUUUUAUCACAGAAGAUACUAGUUUUAUAUAUUUCAUAAGCUCAAUAAAAUAUUAUUUUGUAGUCUAGCUUAGUGAUAUCCAACACUAAGAAAAUCCAGCACGUAGUCCACGGAUGCCUGUAAAUGUAAAAUUGAGUACAAGAAACAGUUAUAUUUUCGAAACAAAAAUAAAAGUUCACGUUUUGAUGUUCCAUUACCACUCGCAAGUCGCAACGAAUGAUUGUGGUUCAAAUGAUUUAUUGAGCUUAAGGAACAUUUCAAGUAAUUCUAAUGCUAAAUCUUAAGUUUUAAUUUGACAAUUAUUUAAAUAUAGUGUAAGUUUGUAAAAUAAAUAGUUUUUAUUGUUUUAAAUAAAUAUAAUGUCUAAU